GCCGUUUCGCUGCCCUUGCGCUGCGUCCGAAGAUGUCGCUCUCACAACGGUUGGUCGCGCUUGCUCACCAAAUCAAAGCUGGUGCCAGACCUGCCUUUGCGACAUUCGUGAGCAAUGCCAAGGUUGAAUUGAUUCCACCCUCUCCCCGUGAGAUCCCGCAGGUCUUCGCCGGUUUCGGUCAAAUCAUGAGAUCGGCACGUACCGGGGCAUGGAAGAACCUCACCGUACGAGAAGCUACUCUCAACACGCUCGUCGGUCUCGAAAUUUACUUCCUCUUCUUUGUUGGCGAGUGUAUCGGCAAGGGAUCGCUCAUCGGAUACCAUGUGUAAAUGAAGAGGUCUCCUCUUUUAGCUUCAAAUAAAAUCCUGAGAUGA